AUGCAAAUGUCGCGGAUGCCACUCUGCCUCCACCUCGCCGCCGCCAUAGCCUUCGUCAUGAGCAUGUCUUGGGCGACGGCGGCCGUGGAUCAACGCCGGCCAAUCACACUGCCCGGAUGCCCAGACAAGUGCGGGAACAUCAGCAUCCCGUACCCUUUCGGCACCAAAGCCGGCUGCUACUUUGAUGACACCUUCUCCGUCACCUGCAACCUCUCCACAACGCCCCCCGCAAUACUCGACGAACCAUUCACGUUGCAGGCGAGCGCGUACUACUUCGGAGGCCAAGCCAACCCGGUUGGCGUCAUUACCAACAAGUCCUGGUGGACGGCCGACCUCGUCGACGUCAACGUCGCGCGGGGAGAGGUGCGGGUGUCCAUGCCGAUCAGCUCCGACUGCAGCAUGAAUGAGAGCUACCAUGAGCUCAGCGGCCUUGCCAGAAUGUCACUGAAUUUCUCGACGACGUUCCUCUUCUCCACGGCACGGAACGUGCUGGUGGGCGUCGGCCAGAGCGUUGGAGCCCGGGUCUUCGGCGACACGGCUCGAACCAACUACUCCGCCGCCUGCAACUCCCUGUUCGACACGCCGGCAGCGGUGCAGGAUGGGCUGUGCAAAGGGAUCGGCUGCUGCCAGGCAGAGCUUGCGCCGGGACUCCUCGCCGUUAUGUCCUCCAUGUACUACCAGAGCAACAGCAUGUGGAAGACAUUCCCGUGCACCUACUCCAUGGUGGUGGACAGGUCGUGGUACAACUUCUCGUUGCAGGACCUCUACGGCUACAGGGUUUUGGACAAGAGAUUUCCCGGGGGCGCACCGGUCGUGCUGGACUGGGCCAUCAGGAAUGGUUCUUGUCCGGCGGAAGGCAAACCGUUGCCCAUGGCUUGCCGCAGCGGCAACAGCCUCUGUGUUAACGCGACCAACGGCUACGGUUAUCUCUGCAAGUGCAAGGACGGCUUUGACGGCAACCCAUACAUCCCUGAUGGAUGCCAAGAUAUUGAUGAAUGUGCCCUUCGACAAGAGAAACCUGAGUUACGUGAUUCAUAUCCUUGCAAUGGUAUUUGCAAGAACUUAAUCGGGGGAUAUGAUUGCAAUUGCAAAUUUGGAAUGAAAAGGGACGGCAAUGGAACAUGCACGCCGGUGUUUCCCAUCCCAGCAAUGGUGGCUACACUUGGCAUAGUUAUUGUCGCAUCCAUUGUGGUUAUUGUAGUAUUGUUUAAGCUUCUGUUUGAGGAGAAGAGAAAGACCAAAGAAUUUUUCAUAAAGAAUGGUGGUCCCAUACUGGAAAAGGUUAACAAUAUUAAGAUAUUUAAGAAAGAUGAGCUCAAAGCAAUCAUAGAACCGUGUAAUGUUAUAGGGAAAGGUGGAUUUGGGGAAGUGUAUAAAGGGCUUCUCGAUAAUCAGCUGGUUGCAAUUAAGAAAUCCAUUAAUGUGGACAGGUCACAAGAGAAGCAAUUCGCAAAUGAGAUUAUCAUCCAAUCACGAGUCAUCCACAAGAACAUUGUCAAGCUCAUAGGGUGUUGUCUAGAGGUUGAUGUCCCAAUGUUGGUCUAUGAGUUUGUUCCACAAGGAAGCCUCCAUGACAUUCUACAUAAUCAAAGCAAUAAUGUCAGCCUCAGCUUAGGCACACGUUUAAACAUUGCUGCGGGAGCAGCUGAAGGGUUGUCUUAUAUGCAUUCAAAAACCUCUACAACUAUUUUGCAUGGUGAUAUCAAACCUGGCAAUAUACUUUUGGAUGAUAACUUUGAUCCAAAAAUCUCAGACUUCGGUAUCUCAAGGCUGAUUGCAAUAGAUAAAUCACAUACCAAAUGUGUCAUAGGUGACAUGUGCUAUAUGGAUCCAAUAUAUCUUCAAUCAGGAUUGUUAACGAAGAAGAGUGAUGUUUAUAGUUUUGGAGUUGUGCUUCUAGAACUUCUGAGUAGGCAAAAGGCAGCUUUUGGUGAAGACAGAACACUAGUUAAAGCUUUUCUUGAUUGCUACAGAGAAGAUAAACAAAUACUUGAGCUAUUUGAUAAGGAAAUUUUAGCAGAUAAGGAUAUCGGGGUACUUCACAAACUUGCAAUGCUCAUAGUGGAAUGUCUAGAGCUCGAUGUGGACAGAAGACCAGAGAUGACAGAUGUAGUUGAACAACUUCACAGUUUGAAGAGAUCUCACAAAAAUCUGUAUGAUAAAAACACCAGUACCACUACAUAA